AUUUAGAUAUAUCGAUCAGUAUAUCGACUAUCGAACUUGCACCAUCAUACUCGAUAGUCGGUAUUUUUUGACAACAGGAAAGUCGACGUCAGUGUAUAUGUUUUGUGUGUUUUGUGGUCGACGUCUCCAAUUUCCAUUUUUUCAAUACACACCAAAAAUUUUCCCCUCGAAUAUUUCGUUUCAAAAUUUAGGAGGGUGAGAACAAACUGUAGGCAUGAAUAUUUGUGGUUGAUUUGUUCAGUCGUGCUGCUAACGUUAAGAAGUUUUCUAAUGUAUAUAUGCAACCCUUGUACAACACAGCUGUUUUUCCUUGAUGUGGGACUGUGAUAUUUUCCUUAAAUUCCAUUGAAAUUUCUUAAUCAGCACAAUGGAAAAUGAUCAAGACAAGAUCAUGAAGGUCAUAUGCUAUUACCAGGAAAGACUAGAAAAAUAUGCAACCAGUGGUAGUGGUGAAAAGCUCUUGUACACGUUAGGGGAACUUAAAAAACUCCCUAUCAAAACUACACAUCUGGAAAAUACUGGUGUUGGCAGAACUGUAAACGGCUUAAAGAAAUUAGGUGGAGAUGUGGGAGAAGCUGCCAAAAACUUGGUUACAUUAUGGAAAGAAAUGGUAAUGCAGGAAGAACAGGCAGAGAAAGAGGCACAAUCAAAUGGUGCAGACUCGGUGGGUUCGUCAUAUUCAAGUGAAAGCGAAUCUAACAAAUUAAAAAUUGUUGAACCUCCAAUUGCUGCCCCAGUUGAGAAAGAAGUAAAAGAACAUAGUGAAAGUGAUACAUAUCACAAAAGACAUAGUCAUAAAUCAAAUAAAGAAAAUGAUAGGUCAAGUAGUACAGAAAAAAGCCACACUUCAAAAGAAAAACAAGGGAAUGAGAAGACUAAUAGAGGUAGCAAUAAGGAGGAGAAAUCUAGUCAUCAUUCUAAAACCAAUGGCGAGAAAACUGAUAAGCGUAGAGAAAAGCACAGUAGUAGCAGUUAUAGUAAAUCUAGCAACAGCAGUGAAAGAGAUAAAAACGAAUCUUCUCGUAAAAGCAAAGAGAAAGAUAAGUCCAAGCAUAAAUCUAGUAGACACGAAGAUGAACGAAAGCAUAAAAAAAGGGAUCCUACUCCAAGUUCCGAGUCGGAAUCAGAAUCAGACACAGAAAGCGAUACGUCAAGUGAAUCUUCAUCAGAAUCCGAAAGUGAUCAUGAGACCAGCAAACAUUCAAAAAGUGACAGGCGGCGUAGUUCAGAUAGAGAGGGACAUUCAAAAAGGAAACGACAUGACUCUAGUAGUUCGAGUGAGAAAGAAAAACAUAUUUCAAGAUCAAAGGAGAAAUCAGACAAGCAUAAAAAUGAAGAUGAGAAACACUCAAAGAAAAGGCAUCGUUCAGAGUCGAGUGAUGAAAAAGAUUCCAAGAAAAAAUCAAAAAGCAGUGAGAAAGUCAGCUCCAGGUCCACAGAGAUGUCCAGCAAAAGGAAAGAUGAAUGCGAUGAGAAGCAUUCGAAAAAGAAAAGGCACUCCAGUGGAUCCAGUGAUGAUGAAACGACAAAGAAGAAAGAAAAACGUAAGAGCAGUGAAAGUUCCAAAUCAAAAGAAAAGUCUGCUGGAAAAAGGAAGAACUCAGAUGAAAAUAAAAACUCGAAGAGGAAAAGGACUCAUUCUAGUGAUGGCAGUGAUGAGGAAAAGGUUGAGAAGAAGUUAGAAAAGCCCAGUAGAAAAAGAGAUGACUCGAAUAACAGGCAUUCGGCUAAGAAGAGAACUCAUUCUAGUGAUGGUAGUGGAGAUGAAAAAAUUGAGAAGAAAUCAAAGACUGUUGAGUCUAGAGAUUCAAAGUCGAAAGAUAGGUCCAGCAAGAGUAGUAAACAGGAUGAGGAUAAACAUAGGCAUAAAGACAAAGGCUGUGAUAAAGACAAGAAAAAAGAAAAGUCUAAGGAGGAUAGCAAAGCAAGGAGUGAGAAGGACAGUUCAAGCACAAAGUCACAUUCAUCAUCAAGCAGUAAGGAUAAGGAUGCCAAUAAACACAAAGAUGACAAGAAAAGUAGUACUAGCUCGAAAUCCAAAUCAAAAUCUGAGCCAAAGACUGAUAAAGAUUCAAGCAAAAUGAAAAUUCCGAAGGCAUCUGACAUGAAGAAAAUCGCAAAUGGUAUUGACUCUGGAUCCGGCGCCAGCUUUGCCGAGGCCCUAGGGCUGUGCGGGCCCCCGAUCGGUAUGAAAGGUUCUAGUAGCAAGAAGAAAAGUCUCGAAAAAGCUGGGAAGGCGAAGGAACAAGGCGGCUCUUCGAAACCGACUAAACGGGAGAGUAGCGAGGAAAGAGAACCGCCGCCCAUGGAGAAGGAUUUCGAUGAGACCGACGAAGAUGAAAAUGUUCCUGCAUUACUAAAACAGCCGGAGCUGGAACCGUUGAAUAUUAACAUGUCUAGUCUCCUACCUGAGAUAACUCCAAACUACAAGCCUUUGGGUUUACCAGUGGACAUCCAACAAAAACGUUUCGAAAGAAUGACUGAUGAUGAGGCACUUAGCAGGGUGAUGACAAACAAAAAUUAUAGGUUGAAAGAUAGGCCCAGCAAGAGUAGUAAACAGGAUGAGGAAAAACAUAGGCAUAACGACAAAGACUGUGAUGAAGACAAGAAAAAAGAAAAGUCUAAGAGGGAUAGCAAAUCUAGGAGUGAGAAGGAAAGUUCAAGCACAAAGUCACAUUUAUCAUCAAGCAGUAAGGAUAACGAUGCUAAUAAACACAAAGAUGACAAGAAAAGCAGUUCUGGCUCUCAAGUCAAAUCAAAAUCUGAGCCAAGGACUGAUAAAGAUUCAAGCAAAAUGAAAAUUCCGAAGGCAUAUGACGUGAAUAAAAUCAUAAAUGGUAUUGAUUCGGGAUCCGGUAUCAGCUUCGAAGAGGCACUAGGGCUGUGUGGGCCCCCGAUGCAUAUGAAAGGUACUUCUAGUAACAAGAAGAGAAGUCUCAAAAAAUCUCGGAAUACGAAGGAACAAGGCGGCUCUUCGAGACCGACUAAACGGGAGAGUAGCGAGGAAAGAGAAUCAUUGCCGUUGAAGAGCGAUUUCAAUGGGACUGUCGAAGAAGUAAUUGUUCCUGCUUUUCCAAAACAGCCGCAGCUGGAACCCUUGAAUAACAUGUCUAGUCCACUACCAGGGAUAACUCCAAACUGCAGGCCUUUUGAUUCACAACUGAUCUGCCAAAGAAUGACUGAUGACGAGGCACUUACUAGGGUGAUGACAAACAAAGAUCAUAGGACCAAAGUAUAUCCUGGAAAUAAAAUGUCUGGGAAGGUGGAUACUCUAUCCGGUCACUGUGCGAGGAUAUUACAAGAUAAUAUUGAUGCAUUGGAGUACACUGGAGGUGUUCCUUACUUAUUUCUGAAACCGGUGUUGGAAAAAGCAACUCCAGAUCAAUUGCUGAAUGUGGAGUAUCAUAAUCCAUACUUAACCGAGGAAACUGAUGAAUUGUGGCAGUUGUAUUGCGAGAAGGAAUUUCGUACUAAGAAAAGGGAAGAGAUGGAAUCUUGGAGAGAAAUGUACUUGAGGUGCUUCGGGGAGAGGGCAGCUAGGUUUAAGGCGAUUACUGCUAACAUAAGACAAGCUCAAGAGAAAUUAGUACCAGUUAGAACUACAAAGCUUGCUUAUAUUGACAGCGUUGUCAAACCGCCUAGGAAUAUAGCCAGAAAGCAGGCUAAGAACGGUAUCGUACCCGAAAAGAAGAUGGUAACUCCUGCAGAUCGAUUAGCACAAUUAGAGAAGACUCGCGAAGCAGCGAAGGUUGCCUGAUUCUAGAACGAGAGUCACAGAAAGAUCGAGUACUACUUCAUCGGCAGCGUUUAAACCCAAAAGAGCACCGUUAAUGGACAAGACGUUAUCUUUUAUGAAGAAUCGUUUCAAAAGAUGAAUGCCCACUCUUGAAUCUGACCAUACGAAAUGUACAUUGAAAAAUACUUAAAUUAUUGUUUUCAGUUAAGUGACUAUGUAAUUCUGGGUGAUGAAUUUAUACAAAAACAACAGAAUAUUUAAUUAUGCUGAUGUACACGUAUAAUUAUAAUUUUAGUGUGGAUAGUUUUUAGUGUGUAUAGUCGUUGAAAAAAUCUUAUUUAUUUAUGUUUGAAC